GCUGAUGCUUCACUGGAGGAAAGUCUCCUGCAUCCUCUGCGCAACUUCGUGCGAAACAAACUGCGUGACUUUAGCUAUGAUGUCGCUGUCAGAGCACCGGAUUUCAGAGACUUUGGCUGACUGACAGCGGGAGAAUGCCUCAGUGUGAAAAGUGGAGUGGGAGGGGGGUUUCGUUUCAGGCAGCGGGAGAAAGGAGCGGAGAAAGUGGACAUUUGGUGAGCCGUCCUGGAGACGCUCAUCACUUCGCCGCAGAGUGAGGAGGCGCGCAGGAGCGCACAGGGAAUUUCCCCACGAUUCUCCCCAGAAACACCAGCUUCCCCUCUUCAAACAUGGAUACAAGCAAUUGGAUAUUUGAGAACAGCAGCAGUUCUUCAAAUCAGUCCUACUCGACGACCACGAACAAUAACUCUGACAUGGGCACGCUCUACAGCGAGACCACCCCGGUCAUCUACGCCAUCGUCUUCAUUGUGGGCUUUGUUGGAAACACUCUGGCCAUCUAUGCGGUCGUUCGCUACGCCAAGACGAAGACGGUGACGAACAUAUACGUGCUCAAUUUAGCUGUGGCGGACGAACUCUACAUCCUGGGAAUUCCCUUCCUGGGGACCAACAGUGCUCUUUCUUACUGGCCGUAUGGGGAUUUCUUCUGUAAGUUGUGCAUGACUGCCGACGGCAUGAGCCAGUUCGCCUCCAACUACUGUCUGACGCUCAUGAGCAUCGACCGCUUCCUCGCGGUGGUCUAUCCUAUCCGCAGCGCCAAGUGGAGGAAGCCACAGAGGGCCAAGAUUUUUUGCGCCAUGGUGUGGGUGGUGUCCUUUCUGACCGUGCUCCCAGUUACAAUCUACUCACGCGUACAAGAAGAUUUCAACACCUGCAACAUAAGCUGGCCCAAGCCUCACGACUUGUGGUCCAUCGUCUUCAUCCUCUACACAACUAUCCUCAGCUUCUUUUGUCCCCUGGUGGUCAUUUCCCUCUGCUACCUGUUCAUUGUGAUUAAGGUGAGGUCGGCAGGCGUGCGUGCAGGAGUGACCAAGAAGCGUAAGUCGGAGCGCAAGGUCACGCGCAUGGUGGUGAUCAUCGUGCUGGUGUUCGUCCUGUGCUGGCUGCCCUUCUUCACCGCCAACAUCGUCAACCUGAUCUACAUCAUCCCCGAGACGAAAAUCACUGCUGCUAUCUACUUCUCCCUGGUCAUCCUGACCUACGUCAGCUCCUGCGCCAACCCGUUCCUCUACGGCUUCCUCUCCGACAACUUCAGGGAGAGCUUCCGGAAGGCGCUCUGCUUCCACAAACCACGUGGCGUUCGCGCCGCGGACCCGGUCGGAGCGAGACAGGAUCCUGCCAAGUCUGUCCAGAUGGAGGUCAAUAGGAACACCAACAGUGACACUUUGGCUUCAGAAAGAAUGGUGAAUGGCCAAUGAUGGCUGAGUUUUUGUGUUGAAUUGUUGUGCGCUACAGCAUGGAACAUGAAAUAUUUAUCCCAGAGGGUUUUAAUUUUCUGACUGAAACAAUGUCGGAGAUAAACACUAAAGAAACAUUUACACACGAUUCAUCAUAGAACUCUGCAUCUUUUUAAGGUUUUGAUCCUCGUUACUAUUCCCCCCACAGUGCUGUUAGAGUGUUCGUUUAUGUCAUUACACUGUAUUCUGAAACAGAUUUUCAGAUGGCUGUUUUUACCUUCGGCGAGAGGUGUCAAAUAUGGCAGAAGGGGUGUCCUUUCCAAGAGUAUAAAUGAAAUUAAAACAAAACAAAAAAAUAUUAGAUUUUCUGGAUGUUCUCGAUAGAUUUGUUUAAAAGUGCACUAAAUGUGAACACUGGCUGGACGUUCUUACAUUUUCUUGCAUUAAAACUCGAGUAAAAUGUUGAAGUUAUUAGUAUUUGUGACCCAUUGAGAUGAAACUGAACUACAUCCUUCCCUCGAACUAAAACCAGUUUGACACCCUUGCCUUAGGCUUUCAUUGUAGUUUAUUUCUAUUUUGGAAUAGAGAGCAAUACAAGGCCAUGUUUUCUUGUUUCUUUUUUGUUGUUGUUGUUGUUGUUGAUUCUUUUUAAUAUUGAUAUUUAUUUCGCAACAUGUAUUUGACAGCACUGAGAAGCAUCUUUGCAGGAACCAACUGAUUUCAUUUAUCGACUAACUGUAAUCAAUCAUUUGCUGUUAAAUUUGUUGUGACUUUGAUGGACAACUACGACUGUGGAACCGAGUUAAAAUCUAUUUAAUGUAUUUAUUUCAGGAAAUUUCUUUCUUUUUUUCUUUCCAAAAACAGAGAUAGACUGCACCUUGUGUGUGAAUCAGACUUUCUUCUUUCUAAAACUGUUAUAAAACUGAGUUUAUUUUCAUCCGGUAUAUCUUUUGCAGCCCCAGCCGUUAUUGUCCUACUCCAUGUCACUAUUUGUCCUCCGAGUUACAGUAUUUAUUGAUAUGUUGUGAUGUCUGUUUUGUGGGUGAAUAUAAAGCUGUUUGAAAUCGUAUCGCUGGUUGUGAAUAUUGUAUGUACUUCGGCCUGCCUGGUUGCUUUCUGAAAGGCUUUUUGUUUAACUAACGAUUUUAAAUCAAGAAUCACAUGAACGCAUUUUAUGGAAAGCUUGAGUCAUUUAAAAAAAAGCUCCCAUGUAAAAAUUCAGUUUAUCUGUCUCAUCAACACUGUGAAUUUUGGAAUUAGGGAAACAUUUGAAUUUAGUUCUUCAUACAUGUAACAUAAAUGUACUCAUACUUCUGUUAUUAUGACUCUUGCUAAACAUUAAAGACUCCUGCAUGGUGACCCUGCAUCAAUCCUGUAAUACACUGUUGGCCUGCUGAAGCAAACAUCCUCUAUGUUCUUGUUUAUUAUAGUGAAUGUGUAUUUUCACUGUAAUGUAUCCACAUAAAUAUUUAUAUUUCA